AUGCUUUUGUUACUUUCCAUCUUACUUAUUCACUACAAUAUUAAUCAUAAUUUAUCUCAAUCAAAUGAUACAGCUAUCAAAAUCAAUGUUGCUGGUGAAAUUGUGUGGACAACCUAUUCAACAUUAACAUAUAUUCCAAAUACUAAAUUAUCGGAUUUUGGUAUUUGGCCACGUGAUCGAAAUUAUAAUACAUUUCUUGAUUUUCUACCAAAUCUUUUCAAAGAUUUUCUUUCUCAACUUCGUCGUUGA